AUGACUGACGAUCUCGAGGCCUGGCUAACGGCCUGCCAGCUCGGAGACUUGCAGUUUGUACGAGACAAUAUUGCAAAAUGCAAGGCAAAGGUGAAUAGCCUGAGUGAGUCGGGUCUUAUGCUUGCGGCCUACUUCAAUCAACUAGACAUUGUCAAAGCACUGCUCUACUUUGAGUACACGCUGGGAAACUCGGAUGGAUACACAGCCCUGAUGUAUGCCGCAUGUGCCAAUAACUUGAAGGUGUGCGAACUUCUUAUUGAGAGAGAAUGUUGCUAUGUUCUCCGAGACGGAACCACGGCGCUAAUGCUAGCAGUACAGUGCGGCCAUCUUCAAAUAGUAGAGUUUCUCUGCCCAUAUAUGGAUUUCAUGAAGGAUAACAAUAACGAGACGGCGCUCUUUCAUGCCAUCCGGGCAGGGCGCCUUGUGGUGGUGAAAAAGCUGAUAGAGAAGAGUCAGAGUGUAGUAGCAGAUGAUGUAAGGGCAGCUGCAGCAUAUGCACAGAAGCAAAAUCAACAAACCAUACACCUUUUCCUCAAAGGGAUAGAGAAUGCUGUCCCUGAGACUCGGCCCGUACCUUCCAUUACUCCUCGCCAUCCUAAGAUUAUGAGACCAGCCGCAAGUGCCCCUGUUGUCAAGCGAACAAAAAUAGAGGAAUACUUUGCUAAAAAAGCAGGUGUGCUGGGUCAACUUACUCAAGGACUGCAGGUGCCACAGUCAAUAGUUAAGCGUGCAGCAUCUAAGUCGGCCACGAGGACAGUUUCUAAGAAGCCCGAGGGGUGUACUACCAAUUGCACAGAGGAAGUCCAACAUGCUCCACAAGUAAGUCUAGAGCAUAAUAGUAAGGAUAUAACCACAAACACGUCUCCCUCAUCGUCUGGCGAAGCACAGGGAUGGCUUCAAAGGUCGUGGGGGGCGACGGUUAGUAUGUUCUAUCGUGGAUUGUCUAAAACACGACGAGCACUUCUGAGAGUCUUUUCCAGAAGGGCAGCUGAGACAGCCGCUACAGCCAUUAGCUCCAGUGUUUCCAAUACCUUGUCAGUUUAA